CUCAUAUGACACACUGCAUAAUUUAAGUAAUGAUUAUAGAUAGCAAGACCACAUAAGUGUUUGAAACUCAUGAUUCUUAGACAUUUUUCAAUCACAUAAAUUUACAACACACAAUCUGCCAGCUGGAGAAAACCUUGUUAAAGAUGGCUUCAUGGAUGUAUGCAUGUGUUGUUCUGUUGUCUGUUACAUCUAGUCUACAUGGAAAAUAUGGAAGAAUGCUGUCUGAAAUAUGCAGUGAUAAACAUACAUGUCAGAGUUGCACAAAUACAAGUAUUACAUGUAACGGUAAGGACGGCAGUAAAAAACAGCCAUUUUACUUCAUCCCUGUAAAUGACUUCUCACCAGAAAUAAGGACAUUAAACCUUGAGUUCAGAGAUAUUAUUGGUCUAAAGCUUGUCGGAUAUAAAAAUAAAAAGUUGCAGCGAGACAGGGUGCACAAAGUUACGAAGCGGAAUUUAACAUUUCAAGAAUAUUAUCCGAACUUGGAAUAUCUGAAUCUUGCUGGGAAUGAAUUAGAGGCUAUUCCAAAAGAUGUUUUUAAAGGACUUGCUCUUCGAGGACUCAAUCUUGGCAUUAACCCCCUGAAUCCACGCAUCAUGAUGAAAAGUGAGGAUGAGGACUGGGGUAUCUUUGAACAGUUGCCGAACAUCAGGUUCCUUAAUAUAUCCAGAAUGAAACAUCCGAAUCAUUACCAAAUCACCAAGCACAAUAUUCUACAAUACCUUAUACCAGAAUUAAAGUAUCUGAACCAUUCGAAAAUCGAAGUUAUAGAUUUCAGUGAAACACAUCGGAAAACAGCAAAACCCUAUUCUUUGAACAUGAGUCUAGUACUAACAGCACUAAAGGAAACACCUAUUAGGGAGAUAUAUCUUUCAAAUAAUUAUAUAGAUAAUGUAUAUUUUGGUUCAAACAAAGAAUUCCCUGAACUUCCGUACAGUAGAAUUGGUGUCGGAGAAAUGUGGAACAAUUUGAGUACGCAUCUUAAACACCUCGAACAUUUUGAUAUGUCAAAUAUUGGCUUAGACUUGUUUAACUCACCACUACUCAUAAUACAUGAAGGAACCUUUGAAAAAAUGAUUGCAAGUAAUCUUAAAACUUUUAAGAUGUCAUCGUCACAAACACCUGAUCUACAAACUGACCAAAUAGAAUUCUCCCAUUUAUUAAUAAACCUGGCCAUUAUUUCAAAAUUAGAGGUCCUGAAAUUGGUCAAUGUUAUGUUUUUACGGUCAAAUUAUAUGUGUAGAGUGAGUUCCUUUCAAGAUGGACUGUCUUUCCAAAAUGGAAAUAAACUACGUAUUCUAGAUAUAUCUGGACCAGGCAAAUUCAGUGAAAUAAAUGGGGAGAUUAAAGGUCUUACAAGUCUGGAAGAACUGUAUUUUAAUGAUAAUAACUGUAUCAUUGGUCAAUCAGUAUUAUCUUGUUCUAAUGGAAACUUUGAAUCACUUAAGAUUUUAAGGUUGAGUGGCAAUUUGGUUCAACUGAAUUCAUCUAAAGAAGUGUUUGCUGAUUGUGAUAAACUGAUUCAUGUGGACCUGUCUUAUAACAAGAUAAAAGAGAUCUCCUCUGACCUGUUAAAGAAUGCCAAAAAUCUAAAAUCAUUAGACUUAAGUGGCAAUCUCCUGACACAUAUAGAUCUUAAUCUGGCCGAGCUGAAACAAAUGAAGUUUCUAAACCUGUCACAUAACAAAUUAGACAAACUUGAAUAUUUCUUUAUGGACAAACUUAAACGAAUCGCAGCAAAUGAAGGACUUGUCGACCUCCACGGAAACCCACUAUCAUGCAAGUGUGGUGAAAUCGAGUUCAUCAGUUGGAUACAGGCGAACAAAUUUACAUUUCACAAACCGAAUUGGAUGCUGUGUACAGAUAUUUUCAGCACUCAAGUUAAUAUAACAAAACUUAAUCUCGCAGAACUCAAGUUUUACUGUAUAAAGCCAAUUAUCAUAUCAGUGACAGCGACCGCUGGAACAAUAGGCGUGAUACUCUUGAGUACCGUUCUAAUUUAUAAGUACCGUUUUCGAAUUCAAUACCUUGCAUUACUAGCACGUGCUCAAUUCCGGCGCAGGAAUGUCCCGGAUGAUGGAUAUUACUUUGAUGCUUUUUUGAGCUACAGCAGCCUGGAUAAGGAAUUCUCACAUAACACUUUGACACAUCGUUUGGAAGGCGAUUUUGGUUAUAAACUCUGUUUUGAUGAACGCAACUUCUUGGGAGGACACGUUCUAGAAGAACUUGUUACAGUUGCUAUGAACCAUAGCAAGAAAAUUAUCCUCGUCAUUUCUGAGCAUUUCCUUCGCAGCAAAUGGUGUACAUUUGAAAUGGACAUUGCAAAUGGGGUACUAGCCACUCGGGGCUGCAAUUGUAUCAUCCUUAUACUAAGAGUGCCUUUGAAUAUGAUACCAGCUCAGUUGAUCAAGCCUAGACUACGCUCUUUAUUAGAGAACCGUCUUUAUAUAGAGUGGAGUGAGGAGAAGGACAGACAGCAAUUGUUCUGGCAGAAGCUAAAGGACACUUUGGGCAGACCCUGCAAUGCUGAACUAACGGAUGAACAUCGUAGAAAUGGGUAUCUUGUAUUUAAUCAAUUUGAUACAGGCAUCUGUGAUGAUGUGCAAGAUGAAUUGCAACCAUUGCUUGAAAACUCUGUGUAACAGCAUAAGAUAAACUAUUACAGUGAAACCUGUAAAGUUGAACUUCUGAUUUUCUAGGUACCUCUAGUGGAACACUUGACUUAAUGACCAAUUGACUUAAUGUUAAGUGAACCUACCAAGUGGUACACUUUUUAGAGGAACCAAAGUUGCUCUACUAAGACAGUUUUACUGUAAAUCACAACAAACAAACACAUGAUGUAUAUGUAUGUAUAUUAUCCAGGACUGUACUUUGAUACCAUUAUGGCUACUUCUCAUAAAACUUCAAUAUAUUAGUUUGUGCCCCUAACUUGCCUCAUUUUAUGUUCCACCCCAAAAACACUGGUCAGUAUCAAGAUGUGGUAACGGC